GUAUAUUCGUUGAAAUUCCCACCACACUGACAAAAGAAACACCCUCUAAGAUAAACCUCAGGAUAAACCAACCAUUAUGUAUACUAAUUGUGUUAAAAAUAAGACUUGAGGGAAACCCCCAGCUGUAUAAAUUAUAACUCGUGGAUAAACUGAAACUGAGUUCUUCCGGGUCUUGUUCAGUGUUGUUUUAACAAUGUAAACACAGCAUUAGCCAGUAGAUUUAAGUAGAUAAAGAUAUCAGUUUUAUUAUAUGCCAUGGAUAAAAUAAAACGGAUUUUAAUAACUUACCUGUUAUCAUGAAGUUGAUGGUUUUCUAAUCAUUGGAGUCGUUUGUUCUAAAUGAACAUUGAAACUGCAUGAACUGAUAUGGUGAAUGUAACAGGUAUUAUAAGGUUGAUCAACUCUGGCAAUGCUGAAGUCUUAGAAAAUGGACUGGUCAGUGUACUGGACGAAUGGGAAGAUAGCGGAGAUGACAGGGAUAUCCUAACAGUACCUUUAUUUGAGGAUUUACCAUUACUGAAUUAUGCUUGCACAUUGGAGGAUAUAUGUGUUGAUAUUGUGAUUGUGCUUAUAUCUAAUGGUUGUGAUGUAAACUUGCCUUCUAUAGAGGGCACUCCAUUACAAAUUAUUUCUAGAAAUGGUAAUUACCAGUUGAUAAACAUUCUGUUAGAGAAUGGAGCUAUUCUGGAGACGGAAGACGAUCCUAUAUUCUCUGAGAACUCUCCAUUUUACCUGGCAUCACUGUAUGGACAUACUGAUGUGGUUAGAAGAUUGUUGAGCUAUCAGCCAAGUACGUCAACUUUUAAUUUCUCUCAGGAAAUGGUAAAAGAUGAUGGUGUAAGGAGUUGCCUGUUGUUUGCGGCUUGUAGGGGAGGUAAUCUGGAGAUUGUAAAGAUGUGGCUGAGUCCUGCCAUGGAUAUCAACCAUCCAAAGCUAUUUGUCAGUUCAUUAGAGGAUUGUGAAAAUGGUACACCCCUUUAUGCUGCAUGUUCAGGUGGUCAUUAUGAAGUUGCUAAAUUUCUAUAUGACAUGGGAGCAAACCUGACGGACAAAAUUUGUAGAGAGUUCCCCAAGAUAGCUGGUGGGAUUCUUGAGUCUUGUAUCAGUUUCAGGGACGAAGACUUCUGUGACGAAGAUCAGGAGGCAGGGCAUGUUGCCAAGUAUAGACACUUAAGUCUAGGUGGUUUUAAUUAUGAUUGGGUGGCUGGUGUACAUAAUACAAUUGUUGAGCUGGACCUUAAUGAGAACAAUUUGUCAACAUUACCUCCAGAAAUACCAUGGUGCUUGCCUAACUUAGUUCAUUUGAAUCUUGCCCAUAACAAACUAGUCAAAUUAUCUUCACCUGAGGGUCAGAUACUAUGCGACAGUUUAUCAGAAAUCCAGCUAGGAGAUAACAAGUUAGAAGACAUUUGCCAUGAAGUAUUUCAGCUCCAAUCUCUAGUCACUUUAAAUCUUUCUAAUAAUAAUCUGAAAUAUCUACUGAAGACACUGCAUUCACAGUAUCCAGUUGUUACCUCACAGACUACAGAUAGUUCAAGUUUUGUUCAGUGUCCAAAUUUACACUACCUGAAUGUAUCCCAGAACAAGCUAGAAAUGUUACCACACGAGUAUAUCAGGAAAUGUUCUGGAUUAUCUACCCUUGAUGUUAGUCAUAAUAGACUGGUAUCCUUUCCUAAUGCUUGGGACUGUAAUAUGGCUAUGUUAAAUCUUUCCCAUAAUGAGUUAGAUAGAUGUCCUGUCAGCUUGGAACAGUAUUGGUGUGGUACAUUGAGAACGUUACGCUUGAAUAAUAACAAACUGGAGGAAAUUAACGAAAGUGUUGUCAAAUUAGGUUGUUUAGUUGAGCUUUAUGCUAGCUACAAUAAGAUAUCCAGACUCCCUGACCCAGACCAUUGGGAGUGCUCACAACUAUAUUUAAUGGAAUUAGCACAUAACUGUUUAGGACCAAAACCUACUAAUAGUUUGAAUUUGAAACACUUUCUGUUUUAUAAUGAAAGAAUUUCAGCGGUAUUAAACAAAAAGAAAGAAGAUAGACAUAUAGAGGAAGAUCACUAUUCUUUUCCAUCUUUCUUAGGAAAUUGUUUACAUGACCUUGACCUCAGCCAUAACAACCUGAACCAAGUUCAUUCGAGUGUUUCACAUCUAGUAUCAUUACAUCAUUUAGACAUAUCACAUAAUCCUGCCAUUAAGUCAUUACCAAAGGAAUUGGGCAAGUUGAAGGUCACCUGUAUAAUUAAAAUGGAGGGUGUCAACAUUACAGAUAUGAAGAAAUUGAUUGACAUGGAUUGUGAUCAGCAACAGAGAUCUAAACAAAUUAUAUUAAGUUUGAGAAAUGAUCUGAGACAAUCUGAGAAGUAUUAUAAAAUGAAGCUUGUCAUUCUGGGAAAAAAGGACAAAGGAAAGACAACUCUUGCAGGAUUGUUGAAAGGGCAGCCAUUGGGUAGUCACCAUUUACUUGGUGUACAAAGACAUGACAUUGAACUUCCACCGAAGGGAACUCUAUUAAAACUCUUCAAGCAUCAGGACUAUCCCACCAUAAAGUUUUCUCUCUGGGACAUGAGUGGUGAUCCUACAGUGGCAGCAACCCAUCAUUGUUUCUACACACCAAACUCACUUUACAUGUUAGUGUGGGAUUUAUGGUCUCUGGAGAAGGAAUUGGACAAAAUCGGCCAGUAUCUUUACAGUAUUCAGGCAAGAAUGCCAAAUGCCAGUAUCUUGUUGGUUGCCACAUUCUUAGACAGAAACACCUUACCAACCAAGCAACAAGAUGUCUUGAGAAUAAAACAGUUAUUACUGGACCGUUACGGACCAGAAGGAGACCGUGCCAGUGGUUUAUCAUCUAGGCUAGAUACUGAUAGUUUUAUACCAGUGUCUUGUACAACUAAAGAAGGUAUAUCAGAACUUAAAGAAAAGUUGUAUGACCUUGCAACAAGGGUACCAGAUCCAAACAACAGACCUAACAAACUACUGGGUAGGAGUAUACCAAAGAGUUACCUUCAUUUAGAGACGGCCAUGCAGGAAAGCUUGAAAACUAAAUUAGAUGAAAAAAGACAACCAUUUUUAGAACAUGAAGAGUUUCUUGAGAUUAUAAACAAAGUACCAAACAAUGAUCUUGAUUCGGCUGAAGAAAUUCGUCAAGUAACAAAGUUUUUAACAGAAAAUGGGACAAUCCUGCAUUUUAAUGAUCAGCUGAAAGGAUUAAAUAAUUUGUACUUUCUGGAUCCAACAUGGCUGUGUGAUGUCCUGUCAAAAGUUCUCCUACAUGUAGUACAUGAUCCCAAUGUUAGAGGAGGAAAAAUAAGUAAGGUUGAAGUAAGGAGGAUAUUCAGUGAGGAUUCACGAUUCCCCGAUGAUUACGUAGACCAGUAUAUACAGUUAAUGGAGAGAUUUGAAAUUGCUCUCAGCGUAGAUUUUGGUGGGAAAUUAUUUAUACCCUCUCAGCUAUCCAAGUACCCUGCCAUUGACCUUAACCGAUCUGAUGAACUAGGGUUAAAGGUUAUCCGACUUUACAAGAUGGCAUUCAUUCCCUCUGGAUUCUGGAGUCGUCUUUUGUCACGAUUGAUGUAUAGAAUAGAACUACUAACAUCAGACUGGAUUCUAAAUAAAUCUCUGACGUCAUCUGUUACACCUGCAAAGUUCCACAAAAUGUUGGAGAGACAGAGCUCAGCAUCCAGUGGAUUACAGAUCGUAAAGAAAGAUAUGAUUUAUUGGGAAGAUGGUUUGUAUCUAGGACAUGAUUCUGGUUGCUUACUUGUGGAGGCCACCAUUGUUCCACAAGGUCAAGGCAUGGCUCCACACAGAGGUGUUUUGAUAACAGUACAAUCAACUAAGGGAGACUACUCCAUCAUGGGGAUUGUUGUGGACGAGAUUGAUGACUUGCUCAAUGAUCAUUACCCAGGUUUAAUGGAGUGGGAUGAAUAUGGUCAGCCUAGAGUCCAGAGAUAUGCUAUGUGUCCAGACUGUUAUGACACGAUCCAUUCAUUACCUAAGGGUCUUGACCAUUUCUCAGUAGAGCACUGUGCUAGGCUCAUUAUGUCAUCUGAUACCAUCACAUGUCCUAAAAAUCUAAAAAUACCUCUGGUGCAAUUAGUCCCAGAAUUACUGAUGCAUGAAAUUCCUAAAAAGUUUAUAAUAGACAUUACAAAACUGUCAGUUGAAGAGGAUAAUCUGCUAGGUAUUGGUGUCGCAGGUAAAGUUCUUAAAGGACAAUAUGGUGACGUUGAUGUGGCUGUGAAGUUAUACCACGGAGCACCGUAUGCUGGCUUCCAAUUGAGUAGUUUAGACAGUAGUUAUCACACAGGAGGAGAAAAAGCUGAAGAUAAUGAAGAACAAGAUGAUAUUUAUAAAAAUUAUUCUGCUUACACCAUUGAUGUUGAUGAAGCUAAUAGUAUCAAAGCAUGGAGAGCUUUUAUGGAGAUGAGACAAGAAGUGUUAGUUACCAGUAAACUUAAUCAUCCAUAUAUUGUUUCCUUCCUUGGUAUAUCAAUCAGACCAAGCCUGUUGAUGUGUCUAGAGUUCGCUCCCCUUGGGAACUUUAGAACCAGUAUUGAUAAGGCCAUAGUAAACAGGGAACCAUUUAACAAAUACAGAGACAAGGAUAAAAUCUUUCCUGCUGUGUUUGAAAAAGAAGUUACAUAUAAAAUGUUGUUUCAGAUUGCUAGUGGCCUUGGAUAUCUUCACAAAAAUGGAAUUAUAUACAGAGAUUUAAAAUCAGACAAUAUACUAGUUUUCUCCCUUGAAUUGAACUCUCCUGUCAAUGUCAAACUCUCUGACUAUGGUAUAUCAAGAUUUUGUUCUUCUGGAGGUACUGUUGGACUAGUGGGAACACCAGGGUAUCAGGCACCAGAAAUUAUUGAAGGGCAAUCUUAUGAUGAAAAGGUUGACAUAUUUUCCUUCUCCAUGGUGAUAUAUGAGGUGUUGUCAGGAAGGAGACCUUUUGAAGAAUACAAAAAUUUUGCACAAAUUUCUACAGCAAUGAAAACUCAGUCAAAAAGACCGAAUCUAAAGGAUUACAAUGUUGACCCAGGAUUCCCAUCUGUAGAACAGUUAAUGAGAGAUUGUUGGGCCAGGUCAGCUGAGAAGAGGCCGUCUGCUGAAGAUAUUGUUUCAGAUUUGUGGAUGAGAUCCAUUCAGUUUAUAUCAUUAAAGAAGACUUUUAAGUUACCAUGUUUACUGAAAGAUGGACCAAUUGACUGCAUAUCAUUCACUUCUGAUUCUCGAAAAGCAGAAACUAUAUGGUUGUGGGAAGGAUCUGAAGAUGGUAGAAAAUAUACUACACUAGAUAAAUAUACUACUAAAGAUAAUAAUGGUUGUGUUCCACCUGGUGAUACUCUACCUGGCAGCAGGGUGACCUGUAUGUGUCAGGUGGACAAAGAUAUCUGGAUAGGUACUGAGGGUUAUAAGAUUGAGACCUACAGUCAUCAGUGCUUUGUCAAGAAGGAGAAGAAACCUUUAUGUACUUUUGCUACACCUUAUGCCAUAGCAACAAGUAUUCAGUUUAUAAAACAAGACUCACAGGAGGACAGAAAAGUAUAUGUGACCCUUGAUACAGGAAAAGUAAUGGUAUUUGAACCAGUUAGUAAAACUGUUACAAUACGAAAUAUUCGUGGACAAACACACACAAGUGAGGCUCUGUGUGGAUGGAGAACUACUAAAACAUUGACAAUUGGCAAUUCUCCAGCUACAUGUAUGGCUAACAUUCCACCAAGUGGACAGUCCAGAAAUGAAAUAUGGAUUGGUUGUGGUGGCAGUAUAUGUGUUGUUAGUAAUUCCACUUGUAUGGUGGAGGACCACGUACCUGUCCAAAGACUUGUUAAAAAUACAGCAUUACAUACGACAAGAAUGGUUAAAUCCCUGGUCUAUUACGAUGAUAGAGUAUGGUGCUUAAUAAACGAUAGUGCUAUUGUAAUUGAAUUUGACGUAGACUUAAGAUUACCAACAUACAUUUUGGUAAUGGACGAUUAUUCACCUACUGGAUUUGUAGUUUCUGAAUAUAUAUCUGGCAUAAGCUUGUCAGGUAGUUCUGAGUCUAUAGAUAUGGUAUCAUCAGUAUUAAAGUCAGUUGAUAUUUGUGGAAGUAAGAGACCUAAUGCAGGCUACUUCAAUAUAAAUGCAAAUUUUAAUGAUGUUCAGGAUGAAGAUAAUAGUGAUCAAGUCAUGGAGUCGGGAGACUUUGAAAAUGACAGUGACCUUAAUGAGUGCACAUGGAUUGUAUCUGACGAUAAAGCAGACAAAAGUGAUCCACCACCAGUACCAAAAAGAACGCCAACAAUCAAAACAGCCCCUGUUAAACUGGGUGAAACACCUCCACCAGUGCCACUGCGACCACAUCGUAAACCACCUAUCAUCCCACCACGAAGUCCAAGACCAGGGUCUCGGUCAUCAAGCUGUAGUAGCUUGCCAAAGACUGAUGUCAGACCUAAGAUUAGAGUAUCGUCUUCUGUGUCUGGUGGUAGUCAGAAAGAAAUGGACGAGUCCAUAAAAGUAUGCUCUAUUGUAAAUGUUGGUGACACUUUGUGGGUUGGUCGUAACUAUGGUGAUAUCUUAAUUGUAAAUAUAGGUCAGAGAAAUUCAUAUCAGUAUGGUGAGGUGAUCACAGUUUUAAAAGUAACGCCUUCAGCUCACAUGGGAAAUGACGUUGAGGUAUUGUUAUCUACCGGAAGUUCUGUGAUAUCAUUAAGUAAAAUUGGUGACAGUAAAAAGGGAGAAGUCAUUUCCUGGGAACCAUAUAACAGCACCGACAUCAAAAGAAUUCAGAACUAUUGGUCAAUGAAGAGGAAUUCUGAAGAUGUAUCACAUGAAACUGAAAUUAAAGACAUUGGAAAAUUCUAAGGACAAGCAAAAAAAAUGUGUUUUUAAGUUUUUUUGAAAAAAAAACCUGAGAUUGGAAAUUUCUGAGGCCUAACAGAAAUGUAGGGUGUAAAGGGUCUCCUCUUUUUGAAAAAUAGGGUAUUAAAAAAGGUAGCAAUUUGAAAUCCAUUUUUCUUAAUUUGUUUAUUAGACCUAAAUCUUAUCAACAUUCACUGCAGACAGUGUUGCUAGAAACUAUCAUGUAGAAUUUUGGAGUGGGGAAACCUCACUAUAUCAUCAAAAAUUGUUCUGACUAGUUACAAACAUGUGGCUGACAUUGGAGCUUGGUGAGAUUUAGGUGGGGUACAAGGAAGACAAUUGACCCUCUCCAACAGUCAAAUGAAAGAGGACACUAACUAACCUCUACACUUUAUACAUCCUACAGAAAAGCUGCUUUUUCUUUCCUUUUUUUUGUCACUCUCAGCAAAAAUUAAUGCUAUUUGUGUAAAAAAUAUUCAACAUCCAACUUCCACUUCAUAAUUAGAGACUACUAUUUGUCUUGUUCUAUGCUGAGGGCCUGAAAGUGACCUGUUAUCACAUCUUUUUCUUAUAUGAUGGAUAGUUUCAUUUUAAAACAAUCAUACCACUUUUUAUCAAGAUUUAUAUAGUUGAAGAAGUUUGAUUGAACCCUAUAUUUAGCAAAUUUAGAUAAAAUACCAAAAACUAUUUAAAAAAUCCAUAUUAUUGUUGUAAUUAUUAAUCACUUGAAAUCCAUGCUGUAAAUUAAAAGCAAUUAGAUAGAGCUUUUUAUUUAUUUAUAGCUACAUUUUUGUAUGUUCAUCUGUUCACAUUUAUAAGAUAUAGCAUUAAUUUUUUGAUUUUCAUAAAUAGCACCAUUAACUUUAUAUAGCGUGUAUAUCUUGAUUUAUCAUUGAUAUCAUGUACAUCGUGUAUAUAUUUCAUGUGUCCAGUUCUAUUUGAGUACAUCUCAAUAUGUGUCCAUUGCCCAAAGUUCUUUUUUUUAUCAUAAACUUAACAGCAACAAGGACAACCACUAAAGUUAAGUUAAUGUCACAUACUCAUCAUUCCCUCUGUUUAGUGAAAUGAUUUUUAUUCCUAGAGUAAUUGGAAUGUAUUUCAAAACCCAUUGUCCCUCCCCAUAUUCUUAAGAACUCUAUUUAUUGUUGCAAUUUUAUAAACCACAGUCCUGAUAAUAUUUUUAUAGAUAUAUUUCUAUGACUCUAAAAUGUAUAGUGAGAAUGUAUUAUUUUUAUCAAUUACAAUCAUAUUGACACUUUUCAUAUGUAGCUUGCUGCAAUUGUUUGGUGCUUACUAUUGCUAUAUUGUUAUAUUUUUAUAAAACAUUUUGAUAGUUUGUUACAAAAUAUAGUUUGAUUGAAUAUUUAUUAGUUACCAAUCCAGAUAUUGUUGACAAUUAAUGUAUUGCACUGUUAUUAUCAUUUAUGUAAUAAUAAACUGUUAUUUGUUCAAAAUAAACAUUGUUAGAU